CGCUGCUGCUGCUGCUACAGCUGAGGCCGAGGAGACGCAGCAGCACCGCGCGCCCGGACCCUCGCCGCCCCGACCCCGACCGCCGUGGUGGUUCUGGGCAGGAUGCGCCACCCGCUCCGUGUCGUCCUGACGGUCGCGCUGCUCGCCUCCCGCUGCGGACAGGUGGCUCCGUUCCCUCAGCAGCAGCAGCAGGGGCUCCCCCAGCAGCAGGGCCUCGGCCAGCAGGGCCUCGGCCAGCAGGGCCUCGGCCAGCAGGACAGCCAGGGCCUGGCGCCCCUCGAGUACGCUCCGCUUUGGGGAUGGUACGCGCCGACGGCCUCGGCGGGGUCAGCCGACACGGCGGCGGCGUCGCAGCCUGACCUGCAGUACACCGGUCGGCCGUCCCAGCAAACCUCGGAGGGCUCCUCGCAGUACCCCGGCCAGCAAUACACCCGAGUGAGCCCAGCAACGCAGCGGGCCUCGGACUCUCAGUACGCCGGGCAGCAGUACCCUGGCGUAAACCGGCCCGCCCAACAGACCUCUAACGGCGCCCCGCAAUACACUGGGCAGCAGUACCCGGGGGGCGGUCUCCAAUCGCAACGGGCACCGGCCAGCGGUUCACAGUACCCCGGCCAGCAAUACACCGGGGGGAAUGAGCAAGUCCAGCAGGUGUCAGGCGGCUCCUCGCAAUACCCCGACCAGCAAUACACCUCGGGUAGUCGGCCGAUGGUGCAGCAGGCAUCAGAUGGUGCUUCGCAAUACCCUGUCCAACAAUACGCCGCAGGGGGUCGGCCGGUCGAACAGGCUUCAGAUGGUGCUUUUCAAUACCCUAGCCAGCAAUACCCGCGGCAACCCUCGGGCGCCCUCGCCACCCGUCCGCUCAGCCUCCUGGGCCCCGGGGCCGUCACUCCCGAAAGCCCCUGGACGUUGCGCACCCCGUAUCUGAACGUCCCAGCUGGAGCUUCGUCCUGGCCGGCGGAGGGACAGGUGGCUCCCGCCGUGACAGCAGCCGGACAGCGGGCCGGACAGCAGGCCGCCGUUGCUCAGGCCGGACAACAGCAAGCCGUGCCUCAGGCCGGACAGCUGCUGCCGCCCGCGGCGGACGCCGGCGGGGUGGGCGCGGCGCUCGUGAACCUGCUCCGCUCCAAGGCCGCGCUGGUCGGCACGGCGGUCCGCGGCGGGGUGCGCGCCGUCUUCUGGCUCCCCGGCGUCCUCCUCGACGCCCUCCGCGGCGUCUCCACCGCGCCCGCCUCGGCCCCCGCUUCAAGUGUUCGUUAGGUCCGCCCUCCCUCCUCCCUGGCGGGGCGGGGUGCGCGGCGCCAUACAUCAGCCCGGCGAAUGGCUCUCCCCGCGCUGCUAUCUGUUCGCGGGAAGGGGAGGCCCUGGCCGCUCCAGAGAUGCCGAGCACGUCGCCUUGAAUGCUAAAUAAUCGAAUUCGCGGCCGUUUACCUGGGAUUAGAGAAGGCGGGGCGGCAGCGCCGGCUGUGAGCUGCUGGAGCCUAAGCGCCGGCGGAGGCUCUCCAGCUGCUCUCUCCUGGAGCCGAGACCGGAGCCGAUCUAGAUAAGGAAAUGGAUAGAGUGCUGGAGAAGCAGCAGCAGCACCGCCUCUUCUCUCCCCACCCUCCCCCUCCUUCUUCUCGUCGUCCUGGAAAUGAGGAAAGUUUAUUGGAGCUGAGGUGGGGUGAUCUUUCACACGGACCUGCGCCGGCCGUUAGCGGGGCCGCCGUGUCGCUGGCGGUGAUGCACGACCGGCACGUACUACAUGAAGGCGCACGCCGCACCGGGCGAUACACGGCCCCGGAGCUGCAAUAUGCCCCGGCAGCUGCUGCUGCUCGCCCCGCGAGCCAUAUCACCGCGCCCCUCACCUUGCACCACCACCACCACACCUACCAGCACACCUCCCUGCUUGAUAACUCUCGGCCUCUCCUCUCUUCCUCUCGUGGGGGAAAUAAAUAUACUAUGGCGAUAACAAUUUC